AUGGAGCAGCGCAGGAUCAUAGAUGAAAUACCGGCGCCUCCUCUUGGGGAAGCCCAGCAGAGAUCUGAUCUGAGGUCGUUGGGUGCUGCUCUGAGUUCGGUGUCCUUUGGCAUGCUGUUCGCCCUGCCACAGCUAUCGGUGAGCGCACUUAUCUUCGCCUGCCUCUUGCUCUACUUGGGCUUCGUCCUUGUCGGACUCUCCUUCGCCCCUGGAAGACCCCCAGAGCUACCCUUGCAGGAGAGUCUGGUUGUCAUCUAUAUGUCGUGGUCCCUUGGGUUUAUCUCCACGAUCUGGAUCCACUUUGCGAAUUUUCAUAUCGCCCUGAUGCUAAUCUCCACCACGGGUCAACUCUUCCGCCGGCUCAACCCCCGCAGGGCCUAA